AUGCUGGAUGCGAUUCCAGAGGAUGAGGAGGUUGGGAAGGAGCACGGCAAGAGCUGUAAUGGGUUGGUUCGCCAUCGGAAAGUUCAGAUCACAGAACCUGAAAUCGAUGAGUAUGAGUCAGAAGGGAAAAUUGGACAUCAUUUCUACUCUGAUGACAUGUACACUGGUGAAGAUGGCCAACUCACAUGGUUUAAUGCUGGUGUUAGAGUUGGUGUUGGAAUUGGCCUCGGGAUGUGCCUUGGGAUAGGGAUUGGUGUUGGACUGCUCAUGCGUUCCUAUCAAGCGACUACCAGUAAUUUCAGGAGGAGGUUUCUCUGA